UCACACACAGCCAGCCACCCACCAAUGUUGACAAGUGUUGUUAUUGCUUGCAAGGAAGAGUUAGAAUUAUUCCACGUCGUUCCUCCGUUUAGAAACCGGUUUCACGUUUUCAGUUCUAUAACCGUAGUAACGUAGUAACUAUAUAUCCAGUACCUGUACAUUCCUACGUCCUACACAGUAUGGAUGAAUCACACAACACAACAUACUUAGGUUUAGAUCUCAGUACUCAGCAGUUGAAGGCAAUAGUUGUCAAUGGAGAUCUUCAAGUUUUAUGCGAAACAAAUGUUCAAUUUGACAAUGACUUACCGGAAUUCAGAACAUAUGGAGGUGUACUCCAAAGAAAAGAAAGACCUAACGUAGUGACGGCUCCUACUCUAAUGUGGGUAAAAGCAUUAGAUAUGAUUCUCGACAAACUCCGUGUUUGCGGUGUAGAUUUUAGUAAAGUAGCAGCAAUAUCUGGCUGUGCUCAGCAACAUGGAACCGUCUAUUGGACAAAAGGCGGAAGAAACAGUUUAAGAAACUUAAAUCCAGAAAAAUUUCUUCAUGAGCAGUUAGCGAUGUCAUUUUCUCUAACUUUAUCUCCUGUAUGGAUGGACUCUAGUACAACCAAAGAAUGUAAUUUAUUUGAAGAAACUGCAGGCAGCCCUGAAAAACUAGCCGAACUAACAGGAUCCCGUGCUUAUGAGAGAUUCUCAGGUCCACAAAUUGCCAAAAUUUCAAUCGAGAAGCCAGAAGUCUACAGUAGUACAGAGAGAAUUUCGUUGAUAAGCAGCUUCCUUGCUUCUUUAAUUUUGGGAGAUUUUGCCCCAAUAGACUUUUCUGAUGCUUCUGGAAUGAAUUUAAUGGAUAUACGAUCUAAAGAAUGGUGUGAAGAACUUCUUCAGUUGUGCGGGACAGAUUUAAGAAAUAAACUUGGCAAACCAGUUUCGUCAAAUAGUGAUAUUGGUCCAAUAUCCAACUAUUUUGUAGAAAGAUUUGGAUUUGAUGAAAGAUGUAGGAUUAUUGCAUUCACGGGAGACAAUGCAAGUUCCUUGUCAGGAUUGAAACUAAGAAAAGAAGACAUUGUUUGCAGUCUAGGAACUAGUGACACUCUUUUUUUUGGACUCAAUGAACCCAAGACGAUUACAGAAGGACAUGUCUUUUGCAAUUCUUUGGAUGACCAAACUUACAUUACUUUGCUUUGUUUCAAAAAUGGAUCCUUGACCCGCAAGAGAAUAUGCGACAGUGCAGCACAAGGUUCGUGGCCCAUUUUCAAUGAAUUAUUGGAGAGCACGCCACGAGGGAAUUUUGGAAAUUUAGGACUAUAUUUUGAUUCUCAGGAAAUUUUACCUUCUGUUAUUGGAGAUUAUAGAUUUAAUAAAGCAAACGAGAAAAUAAAUCGAUACAGUUCGAAGGAAGUGGAAGUAAGAGCUCUAAUAGAGGGACAAUUCAUCGCCAAAAGAGCGUACGCCGAAGACUUUGGUUUUUCGAUCGGACCAAAUACAAGAAUUAUAGCCACUGGAGGUACCUCAGUGAAUAAAGCAAUUUUGCAAGUUCUUGCCGACGUUUUCAACUCACCAGUUUACAUAUCGAAUGUUGUGAACACAGCAGCAAUGGGCGCCACAUAUCGUGCAAAAUUUGCAUUAUUAAAAAAUGAUAAUAUUCUGGAGGAUUUAAUAAAUAAUUUGCCGGAGCCAAUUUUAUUUUGUGAGCCUUACCAUGACGCAGACACAAUAUACAAGCCUAUGAUCUUAAGGUAUAGAAAUAUAAUUAAGCAACUAACAACGAAACUUUAAAAAUUGUUAAUGAAAAAGAGAGAAUCCAGUCAACUGCGAAUUACACUUGCCUAGGAUUCCGUUCACGAAUAUUUUUUUCGAAACUUUUUAGGUUUUUCUAGAAAAUUCUAUUUCAAUAAAAUCAAAUAAGGUUUGAUAUACUUUUAUUAAAAUAAAUUACACACGAAACUAACGCAUAAAGUAAUGAAAUUGAUGUAAUAUAAUAAAGUUAAUUUAAAUUAA